AUGGACUCUUCCACAGCAAAUAUGGCUAGUAAGAUGACUGUCUCGUCGGCAACAUUUGCUGUUGAUCGUUCAAAUCCUAGUUUAGCUUCGUCGAAAUAUUAUAAAAGUCCACCUCUUACUUCAACUAGUACUAGCUCAAAUAAUCAUUAUUCUUAUUCUGACAUUAUAUCACCAUCCUCAUCAACAUCAUCUUCAUUAAAUUAUACUGAUCUACUUCAUACAUGGAAUUAUCAUAGAUUUUUAACAUCAACAUUAACAACUGAUCAUUUGUCAGAUAAUUCUUCUAGUGAUUAUUACUCGCGGAAUGACUCUUUUCAUCAAUAUUAUCCACAUAUAUUACAAAAUUCUUCUCAUCAACAAACACAUGAUGAAAUUCUUUUAAAAAAGUUUCAUCGGGAUACACUAGUUAAUUUAGAUACAGGUGAAUUAAAAAAUAUUCAACAAUUAACAAAAAAUGAUUUUUUAAAAAGUGCAAAACAAAGCCAUCAAUAUUCAAGUCUUUUAGCACGCGUAGAUUAUAUUGGUUCGGUUGAUAAGUCAACCGGUAGAGUCGAAUUACGUUUUUAUAUUGAUGAUAUCGGAAAAACAGCUUCUUGCUAUGUUUUACAAGCAGUACCAUUUUUUGUUCAUCAAUAUUCAUGUUGGUCAUCUAUAUCACCUGAGCAAACACAUCGUCAAUGUGGUUUAAAAUGUCGUCAAUUAGUAUGUGGUGAUAUAAUAAUAGCUAUUACUGAACAACGAAAAUCUUCAUCAUCAUCGAAAAUAAAUGAUAAGCCUGAUUACAGUCAACAAUCAUCAACUAAAUGUGUAGCUGGAAGAUACAUGAAUGGGGAAAUGUCUUCAUCAAAUAAACGUUAUAAAGCAUCUAAUGAAUAA